GAAAGACAUUAUAUCAUCUUUGUAAUGUACAUACAUUCACAUAUAAAAGAAAUAUUUGACUUUAUAAUUUUCUUAUAUAGUUUUAGAAAAUUUAUAUUAAUAAGAAAAAAAUAGAAAAAUUGCAUAAAUUGUAUCUAAUUGUAUCAUGAUUAUUAAAGUCUUAUUUAUUUUUCAAAUUAUACCUUACACACACAUCAACAUGAACAACCAUUUUUAUUUUGCGAUAAUUCGCCAACUAAUAUUUUCGUGGAUCAAUGCGAAUAACAAUCGUUUGUCUAACGUCUAUGAACGCAUAAGAGAUACAUGAUGAGACUAGUAUGAUGAAACUACCUUAUGAGAUUUGCUGAUAGCUAUUUAAAAUAAAUUAAACUUUGUAAUUGAUUGACCUUUACAGUUUUGUAUAUUAAAAAAUAAACUGCUUAAAAUACGAAAGAAUAAGGAUUUUCACUUGUUCUGUUCUUUUUAGCUGUACUGCUGAAUUAGUGCAAUAAUUAUAUUUAUCUGAACGAUAAAUCUAGAUAAGACUUCCAUCCCGUAUAGAUUUCGCUUUAUUCUUCCAAUGAGUCAUAAUUGCAUGAGGCAUAAUGCAGAUAAGAUAUAAUCGUUAAACGUUAGUCAGUAUCACAUAGUGAUAAUGAUCGGGUCGUAGUGAAAAUCUUCAGUGUCGCAGUAUUAAUAAGCAAUCUACAAUGUUUAAAAUUAAAAUUAAAAAUUUUUCCAAAAGAAAGCUCCCAGAAUUAAUAAUGGAAUUAAUUGGAUCUUUUAGUAUUGACGGUGAUUUGCAAUAUCACGCUGAUUUAUCGCAAUUAAAAUAUUAUAUUCCCCCUUCAGAUCCUAACAAUGCAAAUUAUGAUCUUGGUUAUAAUGUUACGUCUAUUUGUCACAAACCUGAUUUAUAUACCAAAUUGGAUGAUAUAUUAAAAUGGAUUUCGGACAAUUUUAACCAGCUUGAAAAACCACUAUCACCGAACGAAGGACAUUGGUUGAGUGUAGACUUUGUUUGCAACCGUGGUGCAUUAAAAAAACUAUUCUCUAGCCCAUAUAAAAAGGAUGAUGGAUGGAUUAUUUGUGCCAGCAAAUAUCGCGAUACAAUAUACUUAUGUGAAUAUUAUACAGAUAAACGUGCCAGUAAUGUCAGUUUUAACAUAAAGAAUAAAGUAUAUUCACAUGGACUUAAAUUUAUACAAUACAUGGUAGCAGAUCACCCAGCACAUAAGCCAAAUUUAUCAGUGCCUUUCAAUGAAUGUAAAAAAUUUCGUUGUGUGUUUAAAACAAAAUUUGGCGAUCAUUCGCUAUUAUACACAGGAAAAAUAGACAGCAUUUCUUCAGAACAGCCAAUGGAAGAUACUCUCAUUGGCAAAAAAUUUAAAAUCAUCGAAAUGAAAACAUUAUCACUGUAUAAUAAAAAUGGGAAUUUGUAUGGCAAACUUAAUCCUGACAGAGUAGUAGAUUGGUGGAGUCAGAAUUAUUUAACAGGAAUAGACACAACUAUAUGUGGAUUAAAAGUUAAAAAUGCAGUGCGGAUGAUAAAAGAAUAUCCUACGCAUAUUUUGCCGCAAUUUUCAAAAAUUGACUGUAAUGUGGACAAGUGUAAAAUGUUUUGCGAAAUAUUUCUAAACCAUGUCAAGAGAAUCGUAAUUAAAGAUCAUGAUGAAUGCAUGUAUAAAUUUCAAUGGGAUUCAUCCACUAAGGAUAUUGUGCGUUAUAGCGAAGAAUCUCCUAAUAAUGAAAUGUAUACAUUUUUGAAGCCAUGGUUUAUAAGUAAAACGGAAAAACACAAAUUUCCUAUCAAUGUAAGAAAUUAAAACACCUAAAAAAUGCUGCAGAAAAAUCCAAGAGACGUCCAUUAAAGACGUCGUAGUCUGUACGCAACAAAAAUUAAUGUUAAAAACAUACUUAAACUCAUAGUAAUUCUUGAUUAUAUUUUCAAACUCGUAUAAUAUUUCAUUUAUAUCUUCUUCAAAUAUUAUGAGACCAUAUAUUUUAUUAUUUUAUAAGAUAUAUAUACUUUAUAAGGUACAUGUACAAGUACUAUAAAUAAUAAUUAUUUUCUAGAAAAGUUUGAUACAGAGUGGUUAUUAUUUUAUAUUUUAUACAAAAUUUUAUACAAUAAAACUUAAGGGGUUAUAACACCUUUGAGGGUCAAAAAAUUCAGAUUUUUUUUUUUUGCUUAAAUGAUACUUUGGAAUGUCUAGAAUAUAAUUUUAUUCGCCUAAAGUCGAUCUGGAACUCUUUCAUGUACGAAAUAACCAUUUUUGUACGCGGCGCCAUAGCGCGCGGAGAGAGCCUCGGAGCGCUCUCCGAGUAUUCUACCUUUCUACUUCAACUCUCGAGUAGUUGAAGGUUCCUGAUAGUUUAGUAUAGUACUGUAGAUGUCGUUUGUGACCAUUUCAACAGAAAACAGUAUAUUCCUGUCAUAUAAUACUUUAUUUCAUGCCGGAAUUGUGUGUUUACUCCGAACAGUGUCCGUUGUACCACCGGCUUCGGCUUUUCAAAUUGAAUUGAAACGUCGUAACAUUGUUGUAAUAAUGUCGAACAAAAGAAUAUAUGCAAAUAAAAAAGGGAGUAGAGCAAGUACUGCACGUGCAAUUCGAAGUUCAAUAAAUAGAAGGAAGCCUUUAAAUAGGUAUUCUUUAGAAGGCGAAACUGAAAGUGUAAGCACGUCGGCGAAAAAACUUAAAACGAGUGCGGACGAUUACGAGAUACACGUGAACAAUACUUUUGGGUAUCGUUUCAUUAAUUUUGUUACCGUUUUUACAAGCAUUUCGCAAUUAAUUGUUUGCAAAACAUGUGGCUCGAACAUCAAGUUUGAAGAAUCCAGUUGUCGCGGUCUAGGUUUCAAAAUUGCUGUUAUUUGUGAAAAGUGCCUGCCAAAAUAUAUUAAUUCUAGCCCACUUAUAAACAAUCAUGCUUACGACAUAAAUCGCCGUUUGGUAUUUACAAUGAGAUUACUCGGUAUAGGAAUCAAUGGAAUUAAAAAAUUUUGUGCAUUUAUGUGUUUGCCGAUACCAGUGUAUCAGUCUUUUUAUGAUAAAAUAAUUUCAAACAUUCGUGUUGCCACUAAUGCUGUAUGUGAAACAUCAACAAAACGAGCAGCUGCAAAAGAAAAGAAGAUGUCAUUGGAAAGAGGACAGAUAGACGGGAUAACAGUUUCUGGUGACGGGACCUGGAGGAAGAGGGGAUUCUCGUCUUUGUUCGGUGUCGUAUCACUAAUAGGGUGGUGCACGGGAAAAAUCAUCGACAUUGCAGUGAAAUCUAAAUUUUGUAAGGCCUGCAGUUUGUGGAACGGAAAGCAAGAAACAAGCGAAUAUGAAGAAUGGGCUGCAAAUCACGAAGCAAACUGCGAAAGAAAUCACGAAGGUUCGUCGGGAAAGAUGGAAGUAGACGCAGUCGUAGAAAUGUUUCAGCGGUCCGAAGAAUUGCACAAUUUAAAAUAUUCUCAUUAUAUCGGAGACGGGGACAGCAAAACAUUCAAAGGCAUUUUAGAUUCGAAACCUUAUGAUGAUUUGAAUGUUUGUAAAAAAGAAUGUAUAGAUCACAUUCAAAAACGUAUGGGCACGAGAUUACGAAA